GGGUGCUUUACCCAAUCCUGUCCGAGUUCCUGCUUUGAGCCAAUGAGUGAGGAGCGGGGUCGGCGCGUGCCCUCCCGGGCCGGAUGUCCGCGCGCCCGCGCGCCCCCGAACUGCGGGUUGUCCGCUGGCGGUUGGAGCCGCGAACAUGGGAGUACGGUCGCUUGAAGCGUUUCUUCACCACCAACCCUCCAUCCCUCUGAGCGAGUGAGUGAGUGAGCCGGCCAGGCCAUGGGUGACUCCCGGGGGCUCCGAGCCCCCCUCUUGUUAGUUAUCCUGUUGCUGGCAGUAAGGCAGUGUGCUGUCAGCACAGUGACUCUCCCAGAAACACUGCUCUUUGUAUCGACACUUGAUGGGAACCUGCACGCUGUCAGUAAACGAACUGGAGAAAUCAAGUGGACCUUAAAAGAAGAUCCAAUCAUUCAAGUUCCAGUCUACGUUGCUGAGCCAGCAUUUCUUCCGGAUCCAAAUGAUGGCAGCCUUUAUGUCAUGGGAGGGACAAACAAAGAGGGACUAAUGAAACUGCCUUUCACCAUCCCUGAAUUGGUCCAUUCCUCUCCAUGUCGAAGUUCUGAUGGAAUAUUGUAUACAGGUAAGAAACAGGACUUAUGGUUUGUUGUGGAUCCCACAACUGGAGAAAAGCAGACGACGCUGACCACUGAUACAUCAGAGAACAUUUGUCCAUCUGCCCCUCUCCUAUACAUUGGGCGCACAGAGUAUAUGAUUACCAUGUACGACACCAAGACUCGAGAACUUUACUGGAAUGCUACCUAUUAUGACUACUCUGCUACUUUAUGCAAUGAGAAUACAGACUACAAAAUGGCUCAUUUUGCAUCAAAUGGAGAUGGUUUGGUGGUGACAGUAGAUAGGGAAUCGGGUGACGUUCUUUGGAUGCAGAACUAUGGCUCUCCAGUGGUGGGAAUGUUCAUUUGGCAACAGGACAGCCUGCGUCGGAUACUUCAUCUCAAUGUUGCCAUGGAAACUCUGCGAUAUCUCACUUUCAACUCUCAAGACAUCCGAAUGAUAAAGUGGAAGUACCAGUUCCCUAAAGAACCCUCCACCACAAAAACUCAACUGGUUCCCACACUUUAUGUUGGGAAACAUGCGUCUGCUUUCUAUGCCUCAUCAUCACUUGUCCAUGAAGGUGUCGCUGUAGUGCCACGAGGAAUUACUAUUGCCCGUGUUCAUGGCCCUACCACUGAUGAUGUCACUGUGCCGGAGCGAAGUGCAUGUGAAAGAACUCCAAGCACACAUGUCAGAUAUCCACAGGGAAGUAUCCUAUCAUCUGGAAAUGACAAGAAUCAAUGGUUGUUCAUAGGUCACCAUGAGCUGCCACCAGUAGCACAUACCACCAUCCUGAGGGCAUUUCCAGAUCCAUUGAAGAAGAAUGAAGAGACUGUCAUCACUACAAAGACUAACACCAGGACUCUCGAUGAAUUUAUGAUGCAGCCUGACCAGACACAAUCGAAAACAUUUGACCAAAGUUAUCGGAUGGACAACGAAGUAAAGCAUGAGACUGCAAGUGAGAUUGUGCCUGAAUCAGGAAAUCAAGACAUCUUGACUGUGGCCAUAUUCACUGUGCUAGUAGGAGGAUGGAUGGUGUUUCUGAUUAUGUAUCCAAAAAAAAUGCACCAACAGCAGAAACUACAGCAGCAACAGCUGGAACAACACCUAGAAGAGAAAUUCCAGCUGCUUCAGCAGCAGCCACCACAAUCUGCCAGUAAACUCAGGGCAGACUUCCCAGAAUUCUCAGAAGAUGCAGCUCAGGUCUCCCAAAAUGAUCCACAGGAAUCCAACUCCUCAGCCCAAGAUAGGAGCAGCCAAUCCUCAGAGCAGCAAGACUAUAAUUUGCAAAAUGGCACUGCCUGCUAUGAUGAAAUUGUUGCUGAUAAUGGAACCAAUUUUGUUACUGUAGGAAAGAUUUCCUUCAACCCAAAAGACGUGCUGGGUCAUGGAGCUGAGGGAACAUUUGUAUUCCGAGGCAGCUUUGAUAAUCGAAAUGUUGCUGUGAAAAGGAUUCUCCCUGAAUGUUUCAAUUUUGCCGACCGUGAAGUUCAGCUCCUUCGUGAAUCUGAUGAGCACCCCAAUGUCAUACGUUAUUUCUGUACUGAAAGAGACAAGCAGUUCUACUAUAUCGCUAUUGAACUUUGCAGUGCCACACUGCAGGAGUAUGUGGAAGAUUCCAAGUUUGAUCGCGUUAAUCUGGAUUCAGUAACUGCACUUUUUCAGACCAUGUCUGGCCUGGCUCACCUGCAUUCCCUCAAUAUUGUCCAUCGAGAUUUGAAACCACGUAACAUCCUUAUUUCUCUGCCAAACUCUCAUGGGAAGGUGAGGACAGUGAUCUCUGACUUUGGCCUCUGUAAGAAACUGUCUGUUGGGCAUCACAGUUUCAGCCUGCGGUCUGGCAUACCUGGAACAGAGGGCUGGAUCGCACCAGAAGUCUUAAGAGAGGAGCCUAAAGAUAAGCCUACAUAUGCAAUUGACAUUUUCUCAGCGGGCUGUGUCUUCUACUACGUUAUUUCAGAGGGAAAACAUCCGUUUGGCGAUCCUUUGAGGCGGCAAAGCAAUAUAGCACUUGGAAAAUACAAUUUACAGCACUUUGAGCAAGAGAUAUAUGAGAAUGUUGUGGGCAGACACUUGAUUGAACAAAUGAUUGAUGAAGACCCAAAGCAGCGGCCCUCGGCUCAGUGUGUCCUGAAACAUCCCUUCUUCUGGACUAAAGAAAAGCAGCUUCAAUUCUUUCAGGAUGUCAGUGACCGGAUAGAAAAGGAACCAUUAGAAGGGCAGAUAGUUGGUAGAUUGGAGUGCAACGGCAGAAUGGUGGUGAGGACAAACUGGAGGAUGCACAUCUCUGUCCCUCUACAAACAGAUUUGAGAAAGUUUCGGACAUACAAAGGAAAUUCUGUGCGUGACCUUCUCCGAGCCAUGAGAAAUAAGAAACAUCACUACCAUGAAUUACCCCUAGAGGUACAGGAGACACUGGGAGAGGUACCUGACCAGUUUGUGCAGUACUUCACAUUUCGAUUCCCAAACUUGCUGUUGCACACUUACAAUGCAAUGCAGAUAUGCAGCCAUGAGAGACUUUUUCACCCUUACUACCAUCAGGGAGCUGGAGGCAGGGAAAAAUUAACCACUGUAAUUCCCUGCAUUUCAACUGUGCCAACAUAAAAUCUUUCCAAAGCCAGAGAAGUAGGAAGAAAUGCUCCAGGCAUCCAACGGUUAUGCUUGUGGUAUCCUGUGAAACUGAGAGAACUGCUCUUCACUUUGGGAUUCUUCAUGUAGAGAACAGGACUCCAUCCUCAGAAAACAGGAGAAAGCUGGCUUGCUUAAUCCCUGCACUGACACAGAUUUAUGUUUGGAACUUAGCAUCCCACAACAGAACUGCUUUGCUGCACUUCAUUGGACAGGAAGACAAUAAAUAUUGUAAAAUUGAUGACACAUAAGGUGAGAUCCCUGCUAAUACUUCCACUCAUUGUGGUGUACAAUCAUCAAAUGGACUGUACUGCACAGCGAUGGGGAGCUAAGACAGAAGGUGGAGAGAAGUGACCUAUUAAUAAUGAUGCACCACUUAACAAUGAUGUCACCUCUGGGGAAGCAAAACUGUUUCUGUCAAGGAGGCCUCUUUCCUGGAAGCGUCUUCAGGAAUAAUAUUCAUAAAUGAACUGAAUUGACUUAUCAACAUACUUGUGCCAUACACAUAAUCACUAACGAUUGCAGAAGACUCGAAGGCAGCAGCUAAAGAUGUCUGAAUAAGUUGUUUCAUUGCAUGUAUCUAUAAUUUUGCUCUACAAGAAUGAUUUCUGUAGUAACUAAAAAUAAUGACAAGGUACUUCAUAAAACUCCUGCUUUGUCAUUAACUCCAGAAAGAGGAGAAACACAGUAGAAUCCCAACCACAAUUUGCACCACAUUGUAACAAUUGAUACUGGAAAUGUUAUCAGUGCUCUUGUGACUUGUGAAGAAUCUGCUAUUUGUGAUACUGGUAUGAAGGUUUAUAGGGUAACAUUGCUACAGCAUGAUCUUAUUGCCAAUAAUUGGACAGGUCUUUUUCUGCAGAGAUUAUUUUCAUAGAGUAAUUAAUGCAACCUAAUUUUUAAAAAAGAUUGUAAUUCUGUUUGAACAACCAAAGUGACUUUUCAUAUCAGGAAUAGAUGAUCAUCCCUGAAUUAAACUAAUAUACUGUAAGAAGAGGUGGGAGUAUAGUGGGUAGUCGAUAGUGAUCAAGAACGGGAACCACAAAACUCAGGACUUUGCUGGACCACUGCUAUCUCCCAUCUAAUUCUGCACAAAUCCCAUUACUGCCAGUUCUGUAACUCAGCUACUCACUCCUUUUGUCAGCACAUCAGGGGAGGGCCAAUCAUUAUUUGGGUUCAUAAUUGUACAAAUUCAAUGGAAGUUUCUGUGGCCUGUAUACAUUGUCUACAUAGUGAAGCAGGACAUAAUUUAAAAUGAACUCUGCACAAUUGGGAGUGAAAUGUACUUGUAUCUAUUAUUUGGACAUUUGACCAUGUGAAGUUUAUUUUUGGAAGGGAGAGGAGAAACCAGGUACCUGUACUGCUGCUGGUACGUGAGAGCCUGUAUAGUGACAAACAUAAUAAUACACUUAGUUUUUUUUUUAAAUCUACAGAAAAGUAUAUGGCACAGAAAGGUCCAUUCAAACUCCAUCUUCCAGCUCUUGGACUGAGCCAUGUAGGUUAUAGCACUUCACGUGCAUAGUAAAGUAUUUUUAAAUACAGUUAAACGUUUCUGCUUCAAUCAGCCUUUUCAGCAAUGAGAUAUAAGUCUUUACAGUCCUCUGGGUGAAAAAGAUUAUCAAUUCCUUCAGCCAUUUGUUUUAAAAACUGUGCUGUGCCUUGUGUUUGUUGAUCUCUUUGCUAAUGGAAAUAAGUGACAGUAGUUUGUGUAUUCUUAAAUGCAAUUGAAAAAUCAAACUGCCAAAGAUUUGGGGUGGAUUAAACAUGGUUUGCUGCAGCUAAAUUGUAGGAAUAGAUGCAUUAAGAACUUUGGGAAAACACUGGGAAUUUGAAGUGCAAUAUAUUUAGUUUUAGAUACAAAUAUUAAGAUAACAAUGGUUUAUUUCUACUCAUCAUUUUAACUUGCUGGCUGCUUUGCUGAAAAGUUAUCCACAUUGAUAUUAUAAGUGUUUGACAUCUGCGCUUUGGAUUUCUUUCACAGUUGACAUGUCAACAACUGCAGUAUCUGAUAUGUUUACACUGUUAUUUUCCUGCUAUACUGUGUGUGUGCAAAGCUUAGUCUUAUGUUACACACCCCUCUCAAUAGGUUGCAGGAGUUCAUUGGUUUCUGACUGCUUGGGUAGCUGAAACCCUUUCUGGUUUCCAAUAAGUUGCUUACUAUGGCCACUAAAGGGUAUAAUUUAUUAGUGCUGUGUAUCCUGCUCCAUUUUAUAUUCUUUUUCCAUUCAGAUCAAUGUUUUAUAAAAGAGAGCAAAUCAAGCUAAACAAUUGUGGUGAGUUUUGAAGUAACACUGACUGUAUAGAACCUAUGUAGGAAACAAAAUUAUGGCAAAUGAUUGUGUUAAAUAACGUUCACCUUCCUGUAUCUCAACUUUGAUUGUACAUAGAGUUUACACUGUAAAUAGGAGCAAAAAUCUUUUGUAUUGGAAAGUAAAAAGGAUAAAAUAAAAUUCCUAAACACCAA